AUGUCUUCGUCACACGCCCAAGAGGAGGAAGGCAUUACGAAUGAGAAGGCUACGAACGAGCCUCUGCUCUCGUAUGAUGAAAGAUACUCAAGAUCCUCACUUGACUCGGAGGAGGAUGCCAUUGACGAUGAGGCGCUGCUUAGUAGCGACUUGCCAGAAGUACGAGACGGUGCCGAGGCUGAAGCCGCCGACCCGUUCCUUGCAUUUGAUGAUUUGCCAGACGAAGAUAGAAAUAUUUUAACGUUUAGAGCUGUUCUUGUUGGCUUACUUUGCGGUGGGCUUGUAAAUGCUUCUAAUAUAUACCUCGGUUUGAAAUCAGGGUGGACAUCCGGAGCGAAUAUUUUCGGGUCCAUUGUAGGGUUUGCUGUAUUAAGAUCAUUUUCUAAAUACUGUAGUGCAAUCCCCCUCCUCGGUGGAGAAUUUGGGCCACGAGAGAACAACAUUGUUCAAACUGUUGCGACCGCUGCAGGAGGACUGAGCAAUGUUUUUGUUUCCGCUAUUCCUGCCAUGUAUCAGCUGGAUCUGCUACAAACGCCACUGCAGGACUUUUGGCGGAUAACGAUACUCACCGCUAUCGGAGCUUAUUUCGGUCUCUUUUUUGCAACACCCUUGAGGAGCUUCUUUGUCAUUCACGCCGCACGAGAGUUGCAACUCAUUUUCCCGUCAUCGUAUGCCACGGCUACUACUAUUCGAAGCAUUCAUUUGGCAGUAGACGGAGCAGAUAUGGCAAAGCAGAAAAUGAGGGCACUAUCGUAUGGUUUCGGGUAUGCGAUGAUUUGCCGAGUUCUAUCUCAAUUUGCAGUUGGCAUUCUAUGGGAUUGGCACCCAUUUACUUGGCUCUACCUGAUUAGUGGCUCCAAGGCUUCAUUGGCAUUCGAAAGCUGGGGCUGGUUUAUUGAGUGGACUCCUGCCUUCAUUGGAUCUGGCAUGCUUGUUGGGCUGAACGUCUCCUUGUCCUUUGUUGGCGGCAGUGUCCUAGCUUGGGGUAUCAUUGGCCCGAUAUUGGUUAAUAGUGGGAUUGCAUUUGGGCACCCGGCGGUGUCUAAUAACCAAGCAUGGGAUGGAUUAAUGUCAUACUCUAGUCUCUCGGAUGAGUUUGCGUCUGCGAAUCAUCCAAGCCCGAGGUAUUGGCUAUUAUGGCCAGGUAUUACGUGUAUGAUAGCUGUAUCGUUCACUGAACUUGCCUGCCAAUGGAGAAUCUUUAUUCUAUCAGGAAAAGUUCUAUACAGAGGUACAUUAAAAGUCUGGGCACGAGUGACAAAUCGAAAGGGGCGCGAGGCUUUUACAGAAAAGUAUGACGACGAAGACAAUAACAAAACUAUCGACCCCGCUUCACCAGAUGAGCAGGUAGCAACAUGGAUGUGGUUGCCUGGAUUAAUUUUUGUGCUGGUUAUGGCAUGCGUCGUCAUGAAAAGCCAAUUUGGCAUGCCAGUAGGCGAAAUCUUGUUGGCACUGUUUCUGGCGUUUUUCUUCUCCUUCCUUGCUAUACAGUCCACGGGUGCUACAGAUAUUACACCUUUGACCGCUGCAUCGAAAGCUUCUCAGAUCAUACUUGGGGCAACAACGAGUGGUCAAGGCUGGACUUUACAACAAGCGCAGAAAUUAAACCUCAUCGGAGGCGCGCUCGCAAGCAUUGGAGCAAACCAAGCAGCAGACCUUACUGGAGAUUUCCGGGUCGGCUUUCUCCUCCGAACCUCUCCAAAACUUCAAUGGUUUGCCCAGAGCAUAGGAACAUUCGUUGCCGUCUUUCUGGCGCCAUCAAUUUUCGUCUUGUUCGCCACGGCCUAUCCCUGCAUCUUAGAUGCAUCGCCAGAUACCUGUCCUUUUGCAGCUCCUUCGGUAUCCGCGUGGAGAGCCGUGGCCAUUGCAGUAACAAGCUCUGACUUUGUUAUCCCUUCUUCAUCGAAGUGGUUCAGCAUAUUAUUCGCGGUCUUUGGGGUGUUCAUGGUGUUAUUGCGGCAUUGCGUUUGGACUGGGCGUUGGGAGUGGGUGAGAGCAUAUCAUCCAAACAUGAUGAUUAUCAGUCUAGCCUUCCUGUUGCCAAGUACCGUCUAUGGGACAGCGAUGUUCAUCGGAGCUGGUUUGGCAUGGGCCUGGAACAAGAGAAGUCCACAGUCAUAUGCCAUAUUUGGGAGUGCCGUUGCAGCUGGAUUCAUGGCUGGCGAGGGGAUAGGCGGAGUUAUCAAUGCAGCGCUGACUGUGAUGGGUGUGGACUUUGACAAGAUUGGGACGAGCUUUUUAUGUCCCGGGGACAAGUGCUGA